AUGAUUAUGGAUAGACUUCAGACAACUCAGAGUAGGCAGAAAAACUAUGCAGAUAAGAGAAGACAUAGCUUGGAGUUUGUGGUUAGUGAGAAUGUGUUCCUGAAGGUCUCACUGACUAAAGGCAUUUUCAAGUUUAGGAAGAAGGGUAAGUUGAGCCCCAGGUUUAUCAGAACUUUUGAGAUUCUAAAGAAGGUUGGUGCAGUAGCGUACAAACUUGCCUUACUACCUAGUUUGUCAGCCAUCCAUCUGAUAUUCCAUAUGUCUAUGCUGAGGAAGUAUCUACCGGAUUCCUCUCAUGUUUUGGAGGCUCAACCAAUUGAGCUAAGGAAGGAUAUGUCAUAUGAGGUUUAA